UUGCUAAGGUCGGGCGGGGACAAUAACGGAACUAAACUCUUUACUUUGGCCUUAUCUGUGGAAUCAUAAUACCUUAUCUGAUCCUUGUUUGAGCCAUGGAAGAAACAUCGUGGGAACAGAGGGUGCAAGCCUUAACCCACAUCCUAACAAGCCCCACAACCACCCCAUCCCUCCACUCUCAAUUCUUCAUCGCCACUCAAAUCCCCUGCUAUCUCAACUGGGACUACCCUCCAUUCCUCUGUUCUUCCAACCCUCAGCUUCUCAAAACAUGGCUACGCUCAUUCUUCCUCAAAAGGGUAUUGGGAAACGCACCUCCUCAAACCUCUUGGAGAUCCAAGUGCCCCUUCCACCAACCCCCACCACUGAUUCUCACAGAGGGAGUCGAAGAAGCGCAGUGGGAACCCCAACAAAGAAGGGCUUAUGUUAGGAAAAGAAUGGCUAGGAAACUUCGCAGAAAUGUUAACCCUUUUUUACCAGUUCUAUUACCCAAUCUUUUGUUGUUGUCCUUUAUGUUUUGGAACCCGCUUGACUCUCAAGAUUGACGCACACCCCUUUCAUCCUAGUAUCAUUUUUUUCUCUCUUUCUGUCACAUCCUUUUCUCUUGUCUUUCUUAAUUAUGAGUAAAUUCGACAUGCAACUAGCUAUUGUUGUUCCUCGGUGUUAGAUUGGAUCCUAGGCAGGAACAAACCAAAAUGCCUGACUAAUAGUGUGUGUAGAUUAGACAAACAAAGCAAACUUGUAAUAAAUAAGGUGACAAAGGAAAUGUUGUUGCUUAAAUUGUUGUAUGAAUAAUCCAUUUUUUAUUUUCUCUCUA